UAACGCGCCUGUAAGUUUCGUCGGGCAACGCAUUUUGGCGGCGACAUUUCGUUUUGAAAGAUCUGGAACUCACUCAGUCUCUCAAAACAUUUCGUUUUGGGCAAACCCUAGCAAUGGCGAUGGGAAUCCCGUACGAUCUGAUACGGCAGGUCCAGAUCUCGCUGCGCAAAGAAGCGAAUCUCUCUUCCUACGACCCAGAUGACCCUUCGCUCCCGGGACUCCCUUCGCCGCAACAAACACUAGCCCAGCUCGACCCCUCGCCGCCGUACCUCCGCUGCAAGCAAUGCGAGGCCAGGCUCCUCCGAGGCGUACAGUCCCUGAUCUGCGUCUUCUGUGGCCGCCAUCAGAGGCGGGACCCACCUCCCGAGCCCCUCAACUUUCGCGACACGGUCGGGUGCCGAUGGUUGCUCGAGUCCUUAGACCUGGACGGAUCGGAGAUGGCAGGACCAAUUGUUGGAGCAAAUGAAUCACGCAGAGGACGGAAUACACAAAAAGAUGAGUUUCCAGUGUCUGAUUUGUUAAAUUUAGAAAUAAGAUGGUCUGCUGAAUCGGAGAAAGUUGAGACUAGUGUCUCAUUUGAGACACCAGUUCAAAGCAAAAGUUCCUUGAAUUUGGCAGGAGUCAAUCUUGACAACUUUUUUGCUGAUAGAAAGAGAGAUGCUGCUUCUAGUGCAUCUGAAGAGCAGUUGUUGUGGAACAAACAAAUUGGAAGUACAGAAAGUGAUGAUUUCCAAGUUCGUGAAAAUCCUAGUUUGUUUGAGAAUGUUCAGCCUUUUGAGACAGCUACGAGGUCUUUGGAAGAUGAGAGCGGUGACUCUUUUUCUGGUUGGGAGGCAAACUUCCAGUUUGCUGAUUCAGGAACACCUCAUGAAGAAACCAAAUCAGUUGACCCUUUUGUGGCUUCUGCGGGUGAUUUUUCUACUCAUUUGGACACAGUUUUUGGUCCUGGAAAAGAUUCUGUUGAUACAACAGUGAAAGAUGAUACCAUUCCAUCAGCAUCUAUGAAUGAUGGAUGGUUUCAAGAUGAUCUAUGGAGUAAUUCCAACUCAGGGGUAGUUGCUCGGACUGGGCAGGUUGAAAUGACUGCAAACCUGAAGGAUGGCAAAUUAGCAGAGAAUGCAAAUAAUUCUUCUUCUAUGAGUGUUGAUUGGCUACAAGUUGAUCUAUUGCAAACCAACAGUGACAAAGCACCUGAUAAUAAGACCACUGAUGAAGAUGAUGAUUCAUUUGAUGCGUGGAAUAAUUUUACAAGCUCAACUAGUGCACAAGAUCCUUCUAAUAGUUCUUGGAAACAAACUAUUGAUCAUACAGCACCUUCUAUGGAGCAGAAUUCAGAAAUUAAUUUGUUCAGCUCACCAAACAACCUGCAGGAUAUGGAUUUUGGUAGCUUUUCACAGCCGCAUUUGUUCUCAGGAGCAUCUAGCAAUCCAGAUGGUGCUCCAGAAGUGAACAAUGUUCAAUCAGAGCCCUCUGUUUCAGACAGGAUGGCCGUUGCAAAUUCAAAAGUUGCAGGUGAUGCUGAAGAUGUUACAAAAGGUGGAGAUGUUUCCAGUGCAAGAACCACGCCAAAUGCCGAUGAUGUAGAGAAAAUAAUGUCACAAAUGAAGGAUCUAUCCUUUAUGCUUGAGAGCAAUCUCUCAAUCCCCCAGAAGUGAGAUGGGUUCAAUUUGUUUUCUCAAGCGAGAGACCUGUCUUAUUUACUCGUCUGCACAGAGCAGCACAGUUGAAGGAAUGUUCAGAGAUCCCCUACCCAAUUGUUCUUGAACUUUGAUCAUGUAAUGUUAUAACGUCCAAUUUGUAUUCUAGUUCCAAUCUUAAAAAUGCUUGCAUUCUUUAUUUAUUAAUUUUUUUCAAUGGUCAUAUAGCUUUCAUAUUCCUUC